AUGUACACAACAAACAUGGCGUCCGAGAGGGAAGCGCCCGUGCCGAGUCCACACGUGGGGAAAAAGAAGAAGAAGCCUGCAGCUCGUUACUGGGAUGAGGACCCCAAAGGAGAGAAGAAUGACAACAAAACAGAAAACAAUGAUGUUGAAAGUGGAAAAAAAUUAUCAAACAAACGAAAACGGGAGGCCGAUCUACACCAUGCGAGCAAAGGAAAGAAGAUUUUUCUAUCUGGGAAAGAUGAUCCAUUUCCAGGACCAGCACCCAUCCCUAAAAACAGAAUCGAGAAGUUCAAGAGAAAAGGAGAAACAAUGCCAAAAACACGGAAAAAGAACCACAAGUUGAAACGACUAAUGGCACAGUCAAAAGAUUUGUCUACAAUGUCCCAAAACCAAGCGGCACGGUUUGACCUCCUCCUACCUGAAGAUGAGGGGUUUCUUGAAGGAGACGAAGGAGAAGACACAUGUACGAUUUCUCAGGAAGAUAUAGCAGAGGCUGUAGACAUCUCUUCUAGUGCAAAGUAUUUCAAUCUUAAGCUAUCUCAGUUUGGACCAUACAGAUUGGACUACAGCAGAACAGGGAGACACCUGCUGCUUGGUGGGAAAAGAGGCCAUAUCGCCUGCAUGGACUGGCAGUCGAAACAGCUGAUGUGUGAAAUAAAUGUCCUGGAGUCUAUUAAUGAUGUGAAAUGGCUUCACAGUGAGUCCAUGUAUGCAGUGGCACAAAAGAAAUGGCUUUAUAUUUAUGACUCUAACGGAAUAGAGCUUCACUGCAUCCGCAAAUUCAAUGACGUUCUCCGGAUGCAGUUUCUUCCCUACCAUUUCCUACUGGCCACAGCGAGUGCCACAAGUUUUCUCCAAUAUCUCGAUGUCUCGGUCGGGAAAGAGGUAGCUGCUUUCUGCACCAAAACAGGGCGUCUUGAUGUGAUGUGUCAGAAUCCUCACAAUGCCAUCAUUCACCUGGGACAUCCCAACGGCACUGUCACACUCUGGUCUCCAAACCAGAAGGAAGCUCUGGUGAAAAUGCUCUGCCAUCAGGGAGGAGUGCGCUCGGUCAGUGUGGACAAGACUGGCACUUACAUGGUGACCUCGGGCAUGGACAAAAAGCUGAAAGUGUUUGACAUACGAACAUUCAAACCUCUAAAAUCCUACUUUCUUCCUGCUGGAGCAUCCUGUCUUUCUCUAAGUCAGAGAGGACUGUUGUCUGCAGCCACAGGUGACGUCGUACAGGUUUACAGAGACGUGUGGCGCACUCCUGUCACAAAGCCCUACAUGGCCCACAGAGCGAGGGGGUCCGUGUGGGGGCUGCACUUCUGCCCCUUUGAGGACGUGUUGGGAGUGGGACACGGAGAUGGAUUUACAAGCAUGCUCGUACCUGGAGCUGGUGAACCCAAUUUUGAUGGCCUGGAUGCUAACCCCUACCGCAGUGCGAAGCAGAGACAGGAAUGGGAGGUCAAGGCUCUCUUGGAGAAGAUCCAACCAGAACUUAUUACUCUCAAUCCAAACAAACUUGGAGAAGUCGACCGUGCAACGUUUGCUCAAAGGCACAAAGACCGGGUUGAAACUCUUGGGUUUGAUCCUCUUGCAAAGGAGAAGUUUGUUCCCAGGUUCAAGAAAAAGGGCCGUAGCUCCUCUGGUGCUGUUGAAAAGAGAAAGAAGCAAGUGGCUCACGAGGAUCAGAGGGAACUAAUUAAGGAAAGCGUCGAAGUCAAAAUGAGGACUGAGAAAGAGCACAAAAAGAACAAGGCUUCAGUUGUAUCUGGACAUAAAUCUGCACUUGACAGAUUCAGAAAGUAA